UGCACCGCGGCCUGUGUUUCACUCCAGCUGUAGCUUCUGUUCAGACAACACUCGACACAAAUGUCUCCGUUUUAACGAUUGUCCCGUUUUAAACGGAUCAUAGCGGUGUGAGUUAGAAGGGUGAUAUCAUAUUUAAUGCCAAAUGCCGCCCACGGCGCGAAAUUCUUCCCGGAGAAGAAGAAAAAACGCGGAUGAGGAGGUACCGGAGCGAGCCGGGGAGUCUUCUGCUCAGGUUCAUGAAGCUAACAGCAUUAGCAUGCUAACAAACCAUCAAAGUGGCAGUCUACCAGUGAUGGCACCCACACGAAUGAAGCUGCGCGUGCGUCGCUGUGACAAUGCAGCCACAGCUGCUGCAGGAGGUGGUGGAGAGCCGGAUAGGAGUAGAGAGGGCAGCAGGAGCAGUAGCAGGAGAAAAAACGCCACUAAGAAUGCAGCAACAGUCGCUGCCGCCGCCUCCUCUUCCUCCACUCCUCCAGCCCCAUCUGCCUCUGCGCGGGCCUUGAUGGCGGCGGAGGAGGCGUCGCCUGACUCCAAGUGCCCGAUCUGCCUGGACCGCUUCAACAACCUGGCGUACCUGGACCGCUGCCUGCACCGCUUCUGCUUCCCCUGCAUCCAGGAGUGGUCGCACAACAAGGCGGAGUGUCCGCUCUGCAAGCAGCCCUUCGCCUCCAUCCUGCACUCCGUCCGCGCUGAGGACGACUUCAAGGAGUACACGCUGCGGCCCACGCCCGCCAACAGCAGCGUGGCUGCCACCGUUGCCAUGGUGGCCGCCAUGGCGUCGGCAGCACGGAGUGACCACCACAUGAGACUGAUGCUUAGGAGGCACCGCGUGGCGGAUGGUGGGGAAACCACGACAAGGAGGCGCCGCAGAGAGAGAGGAGGGAGAGGCAGGGGGACGGAGGAGAGACCGGGGGUGUGGCAGUGGUACCUGGGCUCUCCUCCUCUUCCACUUCCCCCUCUUCCUCACCAUUUUCCUGUCUCGAACAUCGUCCCUGAGGAUAGUGAAGAGGGGGUGGAUCUUAGAGGAGGUGGGGAUGCAGAAGAGCGUGGGGUGGUGUUUGACGGUCUGACAGGCCUCGGGGGGGCAUCGGCCCGUCCGAACGACCGGUCGUCAGAGCGUCUAAUGACCCGCCUGGCGGAGAGGCUGCAGCUGCAGGGAGAAGGCAGGCCGGUAACCCGGCUGAGGGAACGGGAGAUGCUGGCUUUCCGCCGCUCUCUCUAUCGAUUUGGCAUCCGAGUCCGCGGUGUUCCCGGGAUAACUGGAAACCAGGGGCAACAGCAGCGUGACAUCACGGCCGACAGCUUCCGUCGGACCCCCAGCAACUUGAACAGGCUCCGCCCCUGGCUGCGGCGGGAGCUGACAGUGCUCUACGGCGCCCACGGCUCGCUGGUUGACAUCGUCCAGCGCAUCAUCAUGGCACGACUCGCCCGACACGGCUUGGAGGACAUGCCCACCAUAGAAGCAGAGCUGCGGCCAUUCUUGUUGGCACGCACCGAGCACUUCCUGCAUGAGCUGGUGAACUUCGCCCGCUCGCCGCUCAACCUGGACGGCUACGAUGUGCAGGCCGUGUACGAGCCUACGGCCACCAACAUAGACCUGGACAGAGUGAGCAGCUCCUCCGACGGCAGCUCCGUCAUCGCCAUAUCUGAGGGCGAGGAGGAGGAGAGGGGAGGAGGGUCGGAGCAGGCUCUGAACGAUGACGUCACCCAAACAGAAAGCGCUCUCAGCUUGUCAGGCUGGGAUGACGAAACACCAGGCCCCUCGUACUCCACCGGCGAGCCAUCAUGUUCGCUUCCACCCUUCAGCCCCGCCCCUCAGGAGCCAGCCAAUGAGGAUGGAGGAGAGAAGGAGGGGGAGGAGGAGUGUCUGAUUGUCGGGUACAAGAAGCCGAUCGCAGAACGAACUCCUGAACUGGUGCAGCUCUCCUCCGACACCGAGGAGGAGGAGAAAAAAGAGGAGCAGACGUCUGAGAAGGCUCCGCCCUCUUUAUACCUACCCAUAAUCCCCGCCUCCACUUCAGCCUCCUUCCAAAAGGAGGAGGAAGCCAGGCAGAAACACGUCCAGGAGGAGAGCGAGCAGCGCCCACGUGCGCACUCGUUGUCGGGAAGUUCGGGGCGGAGCAGGAAGUCGGUGUGUUCGCUCAGCCCGCCGUCCAGGAAGCAGCUGGACGGGGAGGCGGCCAGAGAGAGGAGGAGGAGGAAGAAGAGGAGGAAAAAAGGGCGGGACCGCAGCGGAACCCUCUACAACCCAAACCGCUCCAUCUACCCCGCCAUGAUGCGACGCCGCUCCCCGUCACCGUUCCACUCCAGCAUAGACUCCAGCUCGCCGCUGCCGCCCAGCCCCCUCGACUCCAGCUGGGACUUCCACUGCAACCAGAUCUCCCCCCUCUCCUCCUCUAUCUCCUCGCCCUCCCGAUCCAUGUCCUCCUCACCCCUCUGCUCCUCCCCACCACCUCGGACACCGCCCACCCCGACACUCUCCUCCAAUGAAUGCGCUCAUCAUGGGGAGAAACCCGGCGGGAAGAGGAAGUACAAGAGCCGCCACCUGGACAGCGACUCCAAGGAUCCUUCGAGGAGGCCGAGCAGCGGCCAUCACGGGGAGAAAAGGAGGAAGAGGGGGAGAGAUGGAGGGAGGAGGAAGGAGAAACAGAGAGGGGAGGGCCACAAGGAGAACCGCAGCUUCGGUGGAGAGAGCAGCAGGAGGUCCAGGGAGGACCGGAGUCCCAGCGUGGAGAUCAUCUACGAGGGCAUCAUCACCUCCACCUCGGCGCAGCCUCCAGCACGGAAACGCCGCCGCAGACGCCAUCGCAGGAUUCAGCACAGCAGUUCUCCGGUGAUCAUAACUCUGGACAGCGACAGUAGCCAUGACGACGCCAACAACAAGAUGAACAGCGGCAGCAGCAGCCCACUGAGCAGCCAGCAGACCGUCGACUUCUCCGACCUUCCUCCCCUCCCGACGGGCCACUCCACCACCAUGGGCGGGAACCUGGACGCAGAACUCGGGGAGCUUCCGGCCGACAUCCUGGACCGCGGAUCCGACGGCUCGGAGGCGGAGUCGUUGGGUCCAUCCAGGGCUGCCGGUAGGAUCGACAUCGACAGCGAUGACAGCGACGUGGAUGUGGAGAAGGUGGAGGAUGCCGGCUUUCUGAUGACAUGCAGCAAUGAUGAAACGGUGGAUGACAGGAAGGUUUCCACGGCAACGGUGGGGGGACGGGAACAUCCGUCAGACAGAAACCUGCUGGCCACCAUCCUCAGUGACCUGAACCAGCUCUCUGCUUCCAGCCGCGACUUUUCCCUGAACACAGAAAGGCGUUGUGAUCCCGGUGAGGCUUAUCAGAACCGGAACCAGAAUCAGACCGGCUGCUCCUCCGCCUCCUCGCCGCCUCCUCCGGAGCUGCUGAAGGACGUCAGCGACCUCCUCCCUCUCCUCAGACCGCUCAGAAACUCUCCGCCGCCAUUAAAACACAAAGACACAGGGACGCCCCCCUUCUUUCCCAGAGACCUCCACCCUCUUCCUUCCUCCGACCCCGACCCGGUUCUGCUCGGCCCGGACAAACGGGCCAUCCCCCCCAUCGCCACCCUGAAGAGACACUUGGCCAACAGCUUGUCCCUGAGAGAAGAGCUGCCGUCUACAAGCAUCACGCCCCCCACGCUCACCACCCCCCGACACUUACCACGCCUGGACUUCACUUUUCCCUCUGCGGAGUCACAUUCCAGCUGCAACAGGACAGAUCCCGGGAAUUCCUCGGCUUCUCGCAACUCCCAUUCAGCCAAAACCAGCUGGUCCACAGACAGACCAGCUUUCACCAGCUCUACCUCUGGAGGUGGUGUUAAGACGGAGAGCCUGGCUGGCCUCCACCCAUCUGCAUGUGGUGGCGUUUUCUCAGGAGCAAACUCUAACGAUGCCAUUCCAGUUCCACCUGCUGGCCCUGGCUCCAGCUCCGGCCGUGGUCUCGGUCCUAGCCCUGGUCCCAUUCCCGGCUUGUCCAGUAAAAAGCAGAUUCUGCUCGGUAGAGUUCGAUCAGUGCCAACGGAGGCGAGCAGCAGCUCGUCACCGACCAACCUUCACCCCAAGAGUCCCAAACCUCCUUCACACCUCCAUCCUGAAAGUCCUGGUCCUCCUUCGCACCUCCAUCCUGAAAAUCCUGGUCCUCCUUCAGACCUCCAUCCUGAAAAUCCUAGUCCUCCUUCAGACCUCCAUCCUGAAAGACCUGGUCGUCCUUCAGACCUCCAUUCUGAAAGUCCUGGUCCUCCUUCAGACCUCCAUCCUGAAAGACCUGGUCCACCUUCAGAUCUCCAUUCUGAAAGUCCUGGUCCUCCUUCAGACCUCCUCCCCUCCAUCGCAGCCUCAGGACAGACAGAAAGCCACAUUCCCACCAACGAACACCCGAACCACGCAGCCUUAUCCCCGUGUCCUACUGAACACAUCAUCAACUCCCACACCUCGCACACGAAGGGCACUUCUGGGUUGAAACCGGGCCGAGGACCACUGUCCAACCUUCUCCCCCAACCUCGGAACCACUGUGAGCCCGGCUCCGACCUCCACCUCCACCCCAAACUCCACCCACACAAUCACAUCACAUCUGACUCUAAACUAGCCGAGAACCGGUCUGGUUUACCUCCUGAUCCAGACUCUCUGAUCCAGACUCUCUGAUCCAGACUCUCUGAAGACAUAAGGGAGACAAUGUAAAGAUGACUUUUGUUUUCUAUGUUCUUUGUUUAUGGUUAUUGGUUUUAGUUGUGACCAAAUUCUGAUGCUGGUUGUCUGGAUGUAAAGAAUGAAGAUAAAUACUCGUUUUUCACCCAACUUCUGCAGUUUUUGUUUUUCUGGGACGAUGAGAUGUUUUAAUGUUUGUUUGAGUUUGAUUUGAAGAUAUUUAUAUUUUUAUUUGCUGACAUAUGUGAUGGUUUGCAAGAGUUGGACCCACCCCCCUUUAAAAAAAAAAAAAAAAGAAACUCAGAAAGUGACUA